UCACACAGCCCAGCCCUGUAAAAGGGGAGAGGCUGAAAGCUUAACUUUCCUUUGACUUGGUUAGUGGGAGAAAUUUCUAAUUGGAAGCUACCAGCCAGCUUAAAAAAAAAAAAAAAGAAAAGAAAAGGGUAGCUGGGACCUCAGGAGUGGAUUGCAUUUAACUUUGAGUUUUUAUCUUUUUCUUGCACAGUAACCCUUCCCUUAUUAAAAACAUGCAGAGCAGCCACGCCUACUGCACACCUCUCAAUGCAGCGUUACAGGCUUCGAUGGCUGAAAAUAGUAUACCUCUAUACACUACCGCUUCCAUGGGAAAUCCCACUCUGGGCAACUUGGCCAGCGCCAUCCGGGAGGAGCUGAAUGGGGCCAUGGAGCACACCAAUAGCAACGAGAGCGACAGCAGUCCAGGCAGAUCCCCUAUGCAAGCUGUACAUCCUGUACACGUCAAAGAAGAGCCCCUCGAUCCAGAGGAAGCCGAAGGGCCUCUGUCCUUAGUGACAACAACAGCCAACCACAGUCCAGAUUUUGACCAUGACAGAGAUUACGAAGAUGAACCAGUAAAUGAGGACAUGGAGUGAACACUGGGAGGGCCAACCCCCCUGUCAACGAAGAAAGGAAAACAAACAAACAAACAAAAAAACAAAACAUGUCAAAAGUUACAGUGAAAUCGUUCUCCAUUUGUUGUACAGUCUGGAGGAUUUUCACUCCAUUUUGACAACUCUGAAGUGUGUUAACUCUUAGUGCCAUCAAAAAUCCCAUUUGGGAGUAUUUUUGAUUUUUCUACUUUUUGUUGAAAAAAGGAAUUUGUACUCUGUGCAUUGGAUGGACUUGUUGUUUGGUACUUGGGAUUUUCCUCUCUUAACAGUCAACAUCAGUGUUGUAAAUUUGCUAAACUGAUUCACUUCUAGCAGCAGACUUGGAACUGCAGCCCUGCCAGCGUUGGACACUGAGGAACACCCAACGGAGCUUGUGCUCUGAGUUGCAGACCAAACCUUUGCCCAGAAUUCAAGGAUUCCAAUGGACGACCUUAUUUGCACAGUACUGCAUGUUAGUUAUC